AUGAAGGCAACAGGAAUGGCUCGCCCACUGAGCACCUCUGGCACUCCAGCAGCCCGGAGACGCCCUCCGUCCAAGAUAGUCUCUGUGCCACACGUAAAUGGCGACACCACCGAAGCAUUGUCGGCAUCGCUUAAACAGGAGACUGACAAGAAGGAGAAGCUGCUUCUACAAGUCCAGGACAAGGAGCAGACAAUCUCAACCCUCACAGCCGAGAAUGCCAACCUCAGUUCUGCCCUAAAUGCUGCAGAAUCCCGUCUCACCGAUCUUUACGCAGAGCAGGCGCGCUGGGAAAUGGAGCUGGCUCAGCGUAUUGAGAUCGCGGAGAAGCUGAGGGAGCAAGUCCGAGAGCUCGAGAAAGAGAAGAGAGAUUUGCAACGUCGAUAUAACGAACAGACUGCGAGCUUUGACGCAGAACGACAAUCUUUCUAUGAUAACGAACAACACCUCAAGUCCCGCAUUCAGUCCCUAACACAGGCUCGGAAACGUGCAGAGACCCUAGCUAGUAGGGCCGAACCCCCAGCUCUCCCUGUUGUGCAGGUAUCCGAGAAACCGGACCCUCCUCCAGAGCCUGUCAAACCCACCACUCCCGACUUGAACGACCCCGACAACGAACCAGCUGAAAUGACCGCAUUGAAACUAGAACUAUCCACUCUGUCGACAUCUUAUGCCUCUAUGCAGAGCACACUCGUGAUGCUGCAGUCCCAACUGGUGGACCUUAAGCGCGUCAAUCAGGGUCUGCAAGAGGAAAACGAAAGUUACAUGAUCCUACUGAGGGAGAAGACUCUCAGUGGCCAAUUCGACUUGAUGAGACAAGUCGGUGGCGGCAAUAGAAGUAGCGAUGAAGACGACCUCGACGAUGAUGAUGAACGCGGGACUAGUGCAGAUGGGCGAAGUCUUCGAAGCACGGGCAAGAGUCUUCUCGAUAGAGUUGACGAAGAGCCAGAAGGCAUGUCUAUUCCUAUUGCGGACGAGCUCGACUUUGCCAAAGACAUCCCCGUAUCCCCUCGACCUUCACGCCAUAACAGUCGGCAAGGCAGACGCAGGACCACCUCCACUUCUACUCCCCGUGGUGAAUCGCUGGCCGAUUUGCCUGUUGCCGGCCCUGGUCUUGAUCUAGCUGCAGAGCUUGGACGUGCGCAGAACAAGGAUAUUCUCGAAGGUAAUGCCAUUGAUGACAACGACGACCGGAACCCUUUGGGCGUCACAAGCCCAAAAAAACUUCGCAAGUCCGACGACAAGGCUGCUGCCGAAGUCGAGGCGCUCCGCAGCGAAAUCAAGUCUCUCAAGGAUGCCAACAAGGCUCUAUCACUCUAUGCUUCGAAGAUCAUCGACCGUAUCAUCGCACAGGAAGGAUUCGAACACGUCCUUGCAGCGGACUACGAAAAGGAACCACCGACGCCGUCUACUCCCGGUCCCAUUGCGCCGCCCAGAGCUUCCCCUGCCAAACCCCGACCUCAGUCGGUGCUCAUUACUCGUACUACCUCCACACCCGUUCCUUCCACCCCUACCAAACUCAUCUCUCCUCCCAUGGCCAAACCGGCAGCCAAAGCGAACAGGCGCUCGCUUUCGUUCGAUUGGAAGUCGUUUUCGUUCACGUCUGAGCCCAAGAAGGCAGAGCCUGCAAACCUUCGCCCCCUUACUCUCAAACCCGGCUCCAGCCCUAUCGUAACUGGCGCUCGUAAACUUGACACAGAAGAAGACGAGGAGGACCGCAAAGAGAGGGAACGCUUAAACGCAACAAUGAAGUUGAUGGGGAUUCAACCCCAAUCUUCCAUCCACUCCAAUGCUUCCACCCGCUCCGUGGAGAAACCUGUCGACUCGCCUUCCGCUAGUGCCAGCACCAAUCGUCGCUUCUCUUUCUGGGGGAACCCCAAACCGAGCGCCGACAAUUCGGACGCAGCUUCCAAUAACUCUCGACCGUCCACCGAGUCGUCCCGCCUCGGUUUGGGCUUAGGUCUGACCUCCACAGACCUCACCCAUGAUGCUUUGGCCCAGGCGGAGGCUCAGAAUUCUCUUGCAGCCCUCGAUGCUCGCGAACGAAACCUCACGGAGGAGAUCGCCAAGGGCGCUAAUGGCGGGUAUACCGAAAUCUCGCGCCGCAGCGCUGGUCGGAGGUCUCGCCGCAGUGCAGGCGGGAGUGGGAGUGGAAGCACGGUAUUCAGCGCUGGUAUGAGCGUUGGAGACGACGACUAG